AUGGCUCACCUCAUAGCCUGUCCUCGCGGUAUCACACUACCUUACUCGUCCCUGUUCAAUGUGGGUUUGCGCGAUAAGUCAUCGCGCCCGGUGAAAUCUAGGCCGUCCGAAUACUUUUGGAAAAAGGCAAUUAGUGAAUCAAUUUCGGACGCGGCACCACAGGGUGAAAACGAUGAAGGACCCAAUGAAAUCUGGCUUGAUUCUCAUGCGCCUGCUCUUAGUGAUAGUGAAAAUGAAUCCACACCAAAGGUCAAGAAAACAGCCCCAGUCAAGUCAAAGAAAAAACGAUUUACUCAGAUCAGAAGAAUUGCUUUCAAGGCGUUUACACUCAAAUCAGAUGGUACGAGCCGUCACAAGAAUAUUGUGACGAGCACAGAAAUCAUUUGCCGCCAAGAGAAACUCGACGAUUCGGACCAGUAUGGCACUGCAACUCCAAAGGCUAACAAACGGAUUACGAUCUUCAACUCGUGGAAGGUCAAAUCUACUGGCGCCAAGACGCAAGUUCAAAAGAUGGUUGCCGUUUUGAAAACUCGUAUCAGUGCUUCUAGUCCUGCCGAUCAACAACCAAAAACAUGGGAUGAGUAUCACCGUUAUUAUGCAAACGAACAAAUCGAUGUUCUCAAUCCUCCUUUGCCACCGAUGGAACCAGAAGGAGAGGAAGACACUCCCUCUGCGUUCCAAUCCAGAUUCUACAUGGCUCCUAGACCGGCGAAUGAGCCAGCGCGACAAUUGGUCCUGAAUCGACUCGGUGUUUUGGGAGAGAAGGGUUUUGACGAGACAGAUGAGGGUAUGGCCAGAUCUAAGGCCCGAGCCGAGGCGGGCGACAAAUUGAUGGAAGAAGGAAAGGUCCCCGUAAGCCUCGAAGAACCUUGGGAACGGCGUGAUUCCCUUGUCAGUGAAGAGUCCUCAAUGGGCGUCGACGAGGCCCGAGCCAUGAUGGAUGGCGUACGACGGGGCCAAUUACCCCCCGAGACUUUGGAACAACAUCCAGUUUUCAGAAAAAUUGUUAAGCAAUGUCGGGAACUUUUUGGAACUGCACUUAGUAUGCUAUCUAUUCUCGAUGAUGAUCGUCAAAUAUUUCUGGCGGAAUCUGGUUUAGGAGGAAAACGAGAUAUUAGCCGCGAUAUUGGUUUUUGUGCACAUACUAUACUCAGUGGUCGUAAGGGAUUUACGGUCCUUGACACUCACAAAGAUUGGAGAUUCGAGAAUGGUCCCUUGACACAGAAUUUCGGAUCAAGAUUUUACGCCGGUGUGCCUUUGAUGGCGCCCAACCUGGAUGGAAGCCAAGAAUCCGAAGACAACGCAUGCCCCAUUGGCACGUUGUGCAUUGUGGAUACCGCUCCUCGCGAGUCCUUUAGUGUGGAGGACCGCAAGAAGCUUGUUUACAUGUCUGAAUACGCACGACGAGAGAUCGAGAAGUGGUUCGCUAAGAAGAUGGAGCGAAAGAUGAAAAACCUAUCGGCAGGCCAAGAGAAUUGGAAUCACGAAUUGAAACGGGUUAUCAGCUCUACGAGUGACGGCGACGAAAUACUUGAAUCCGAAGUUUUGUCCGAUACUCCAGCGUCUCCAGACCAAACCGUGACUACAUCCAAGCGAUCCAGUUUCAGAAGGUUGGCCAGUAUCAGCUCCAUUUCUACUGCGCCCACUUCACCCGCGUCACACACACAUACGGCCUUGAAGUCACCAACUAAAACUGGCCCAAGCUUGUUUGAAGAUGUCAACGCAGUCGUAAAACCCAAGAUGCGAAAGGUGUUCGAUCUAGCCACCAAGUUGAUCGGCGAAACCUUGAGCCUCUCUUUGGUGUAUUUGACCGCUGUUGUUCCCCAUGGCGAAUCGAACGAAUUGGGCAGGACAUUGAUCAUCUCCGGCCACAACAUCCCCCUCCCGGUUCCAGUCUUCGACGCCGGCCUGCAUUUGCGUGCACUGAGAGCACCUGAAGGCGGGUUUCUCUACCAAAAUCCAAGCGUGGAAGAAUGUGAAGAGGACUCCUUACAACCUAGAGGUUCGGGUACCAAGCCGUAUGCAUCGGCGAUGCUUUUGGCCGUUGGUACUGAGGCUCAACCCAACUCAGGCGGCUUCGUUCUGGCUGGAUAUACUGAUGACCCCAAAAGAGUUUUCGGUGCCGAAGAUGUGGGCUUCAUGAAACAAUUUGCGCAGGAAUUAUCUCGAUAUACUUCAAGGUUGCAACUUUAA